ACAGAAACUCGGCAGGAUGAUGGCUUUGCGUCGAACAGUAUCGGGCAUCUGUCGUACUUCCUCGAGGAAUUGUCCCUCGCAGUAUGUGGGUGUAACUCGCUCCUUUCGUCCGCACGACGGUCACCUACGAGAACAACCACACUGUAUUACAAUAUACCAGCCUUUCCGACAUACUUUUCUGCCGAGUAACGAAAACUGACCCUAGCCAGGGUGACAUGAUAGAAGCGAGGAACACAUGGCGGUCUACGAAAAAGGACAUCCAUUCAUCAUAGUCCCCACGUCAACCGAUGGAAAGAGAUCGGCGGCGCACGUUUUUUCUUGCACGCGGCCGGCCCGGGCAGAACAGAACAGGGUCCGCAAGGGAGAAGGAACGGCUCGAUACACUUCCCGCCAGGCGCGCGAUGGAAACCUUGGAUACCUAGGUGACUGCCCAGGUGUGUUAUGCCAUCGCCAGGGUAAGCGCGGUUCGGACUUGAGCGGCACAGCACAGCACAGUGGUUCGUCCGAUCGUUCGGGUGUGUGGGCGCGUACGCGAAGGAAUCUUCCGAGAGUGAGAGGCACAGUAAUAAUGAGGCUCCAGACUAUUGCGACCAUCGUCAUCGCAGGAAGGAGUGUGUUCCUUCCUGGACCCACUUCCAGGGACACCCGGCACUUUGUGAUCGUUCGCUACCCACUUGUCACUUCGUCACUGCUGGCCCACUCACCCCGAUUUUUGUUGUUUCACGGCGCUGUCACUGCGAAUACUGCACGAGCCAAGCAGGUUUUCCCGCGCAUGAUGGAAGGCUUAUCGCGUUGAUGUUAUAGAGGUGUACAUAGAGUCUUGCCUCUCCAGGGUCGUUUCCCAUCGCUCUGGCUUGACAGCUGGUUUCCAUAAUACCUAGGUUGGCGGUGAUCCUUCGACGUGUGCAAGGUUAUCCGUCCACGGCCCUCGACAAAACUUGCGAUAGGUGUCUCGUCAACUUUC